AUGGGCAAGACCAUGUUCGAAGACAUACGUGAUGAACAGGUCGCCUUGGGCUUGGAUCCUUGGGCACCUUUUGCUGACAAUGCCGAGUGGGAGCUAGCCAGUUGGCUAUUCAAGCGUGUCGGCAAGACAGCAAUCGAUGAUUUUCUGAAACUCCCAAUCGUACGUCCUUUUGUCAAUGCUCAUGCACGUGAACGCUUGGGCACGUCGUACAAGAGCGCUUACCUCCUCUUCAAGCAGAUAGACCAGUUGCCGCGCGGGGCAGACUGGAAACUCAAGCGAAUUGAGGUUAGAGGCAAGGAAACAGAUGAGGAGGGGAAUACUCUCACCGAAGAUCUUGAGUUGUGGUAUAGGGACCCGGUGGAAUGUAUCAAGACACUACUUGCAAACCCCACGCUCAAAGAUUCGAUGGCGUACGAGCCUGAGCAUGUCUACGACGACAAGGAAGCGAAGGUGCGCCGGUACGAUGAGAUGUGGACGGGUGAUUGGUGGUGGGAAACACAAGUACGCCGUGUUCCUCCCUUAUAUGACUUCGAAUUGAAUGAAUUACUUGCCUUUCAGGGACGUCUUCCAGAAGGCGCUGUUGUUGCGCCCGUUAUUCUUGCUUCGGAUAAGACGGCCCUUUCACAAUUUUCCGGUAAUAAAACUGCUUGGCCGGUCUACAUGACGCUCGGCAACAUCUCAAAGGACGUUCGUCGACAGGCAUCGAGUGGGGCUACGAUACUCUUGGGAUAUCUACCUGUUGCAAAACUUGGUGGUCUCGAGUCUUAUCGGCUGUUUCACCACUGUAUGAACAUCAUACUUGAGCCCUUGAUCAAUGCGGGAACGGACGGUAUCUCUCUCACGUGUCCUGAUGGAAUUAUCCGCCAUCUCUUCCCCAUCCUCGCCGCUUAA